AUGGCACUCGUCUUGACCUCCGAAGGCGCCUUCGACGUAGGCGUCACGGACGAUUCCUCUUCUAAUGUCGCGUCAACGACUUCCACGCCUCCUACUACCGUUGCCGAUGAAGCCAGUCUUCACUCCGAAUCGCCCAAGCGCGAUGUCGUUCAUGUUGCACUCGACAUCGAGUCUCCUGAAGUCACGCUUACCACAUCCAACCUGAUCGAGCCUACAGACUCCAUCAGCCUCACCGAACCGCCCCCGUCUGCCCCAACACGCUCUCGACGCAGCCGCGUGAGCGCUCCUGUAUAUAAUCUGGUUCAAUUGAGUGGUACCGCCGGCCACGGAAAGCGACGCGCCAAAGGUGACAUUGUAGCGGAUCGAAGACGAAGAAGACGAACUGUUUCUGGCCCAGUCUUGCCCGGUUAUGGCUCAGCAUCUUCAAGCCCUGCUCAAGGUGCAACACCCGAAACAGUCCGAAGUGGCAUUGACGCGCUAGGAGUCACACAGUCAGCCAGCAAACUCGAUUCGCCGCGCACUCGCCGCCAGAGAAUCUUGGAGGAGGACUUGCCAAGCAAGCGUCCUUCAACGCGUCGUUCCAGUACCAUUGCGCCUGCCGCGGUUACGCCCGUCAACAAAAAGUCAAAGGUCACUAAACGGAGUCGCAAAUCUUUGGAGUCCGAGACGCCGUUGUCACGCGAGCUUAGACGCCUGCAGGAUACAAAGGAGUUUUCUCAUAUUGACGAAAAGCCCGUGAUCCAGAGUGUUUGGUCUAACGGAAAAUUCGUCGACCCCAAAGCUCCCGCGCCACCACCAAAAAAGAAGUCUCAACCCGAACCAGCCGCCGAAGAACCCAAGGACGCUGAGCCCGAACCUAUGAAUAGAUUCAGGAACCGCAAACCUAAGAAGUACCUUGUCAAGGGUCUCUAUGCGGGCCAGGAUACUCCCACCGAUAUAAUUAAGGCACUGUCGGGGGUAGAUAAGAAAACAAUCGCCCAGGUGCCCGAUCUUAUCCCCAACGGUCGCGUUAAUAAGACUAUGCCCAUGCCUAUCUUCACUGGCCUGCGGACUCUCAUCGACGGUCGCGAUUUUAAACUCCCAUAUCAAGUCUGCCAUCCUCUUCCUCCAGGUCAGCCCAAGCCUGAUGAGUGGAAGAAGAUGACAAAAAAUCGCUUUAUUGGCGAAUCCAAAGACUACUGGAGAAAGUCGCCCCACUUCCACGACUACUCUUCAAAGUGUGUCUGCAAGCCAGAAGAUGGUUGUGCCGAGAGUUGUCAAAACAGGAUUAUGCUGUAUGAAUGCGAUGAGCAGAAUUGCAACGCUGGCAAGAAGUAUUGCACCAAUCGUGCGUUCGCCAAUUUGACAGCACGACGAAACCGGGGCGGAAAGUAUCGAGUUGGUGUUGAGGUGAUCAAGACCUCUGACCGUGGAUACGGUGUACGAAGCAAUCGAUGCUUCAGGCCUAACCAAAUCAUCAUGGAGUACGCUGGUGAAAUCAUUACCGAGGAGGAGUGUGAGCGCCGCAUGACGGAGGUCUAUAAAGACAACGAGUGCUACUAUCUCAUGAGUUUUGAUCAAAACAUGAUCAUAGACGCCACUACGGGAAGCAUCGCGCGUUUCGUGAAUCACAGCUGCAAUCCCAACUGCAGAAUGAUUAAAUGGAUCGUUUCCGGACAGCCGCGAAUGGCCCUGUUUGCUGGCGACAAGCCCAUCAUGACAGGUGAUGAACUGACCUACGAUUACAAUUUUGACCCAUUCUCGGCGAAGAAUGUCCAAAAAUGCCUCUGCGGCGAGCCCAACUGCCGCGGUGUCCUUGGUCCUAAGCCGCGCGAAGUCAAGCAACCCAAGACGGACCUCAAGAAUGCAGUUAAGGGCGCCGUCAAAGCUGGCAAGCGCAAGCUCAAGGAACUGGUUGGCGAUGAGGCUGACAGUGGCAAAAAUGCUAAGAAGCGCAAGGUUCAACCUGCGAAGGGAGUGAAGCGAGCCAUCUCAAAUGCCAGUUCAAAGGUUGCCAAAGGCGCAGCGAGUGCUAUCAAGAAGGGUGUUUCGACAGUUACAGCGACUGCAAAGAAGGCAGCUCUGGGCUCCAAGCCACCCGCAAAGCAACGCGUCUCGGCAGGGGCCAUUCUUAAGAAGACGACCACAAAGCGCGUUAUCCAGACUUACUCACGAACGCCCCAGAAGCGAGCGGCCGGGCGAGCAUCAAACGUUGGUCUUGUUGCAGCAAGCAAAGCAAAAGGUGCUUCGGUAACAAAGGUCAAUACCAAAUCUACGACCAAAAUUGGUAGCAUCAAAAGGAAUCCGUUCCCAACUCCGAUGCCUCGAACGACAAUGAACAUUUCUCAAUUGGCUGAGAUUAUGGUGGCAGCUGAUGAUUGA